GGAUCGAAAUGCAUUUGCCACAAAGCGGGUAAUUUUCAAGUCUUGAAUUGUUUAUAAGCCUAAUUAGGCUAAUAGAAUGAGAUAUGGAUAACGAGACAACAAAAGAUUUAUACAAAGCUUUCGAAACUGUUUUAAGUGACUUAAAUUCUAUAGUUAAACCAAUUACGUAUGAAGAUGAUGCGAAUUCAAUAGAAAAAUCUCGGCUACAGUAUCUGACAGCUGCAACGGCGCCAGAUCGCAGAUUACAUAGAUGUACACCUUCAAGUGAAAAGAUUCACAUCGGAACGUUGAUUCACGAAUACGAACAGAAUAUAGAAGAGCUUCAGCUGACCUUGUCAGCACUUCGCUCUCAACGAAAAGUUUUGGCAGCAGAUGUGUCGAAAGAAUUGGAUGUGAAUGGCCAGCUUAACAAAGUUAAGACGGCUUUAACAAACAAAGUCCAGGAACAGAAUACAAGAAAAAACCCAACAGACAGUUAUAAACAACAGCUGGAAGACCGACUGAAGAGUGCGAAGAAGCAAGGCAAGGAAAUGAGAAGCAGUCUCGGAACAUUCAUUAAUAAGCACUUCCCAUUGCCCACACAGGAAGUUGUCAAUGAGGCCCGAAGAAAACUGAGGUCAUCAGAGAGCAACUGCACAGAAAACUUGUCAUCCUUAAAAUCUAUCCUGGAAGAUUUGGUGAAUAAGUGCAUGGAGGAUCCAAAUGAUCCCUACAUUGACGUAGACAGUAUUUGGCCUCCUUAUGUUGAACUUUUAUUGAGAUGUCAAAUUGUCACAAGACAUCCAGACAAUAAUGCAAAGAUAAAACUUGUUCCGUUUCACUUGUAACAGAGAUUUUAAUCUACAAGAAACAGUCAGUGUAUCAUUUUACUCAUUAUAUCAUCCACUAAUUACUCUGUUAAUCACUCAAGUUUCAAACUAUCUAUUUUGAAAUCAAAUGAUCUAGAGCAGUAACCCUUUUCAACAGUUUUUAUUGACGAACAAUAUAUAACAACUCAAAUUUUCAGUUAUGAACCAAAAUUAUUAUGAGUUAUAAAUUGUUCUUUAUUAAAUAUUUUAAUAUCUAAAUCUUUAUUUAGUACACUCUACAUGCUCUAUAUUAACAAAGCUAAGAAUAUCUGCCCAACCUUUAGAAAUCGAAACUGGUUGAUUUUCAAAACCAUGUAUUCCAAAUGAAAGUUGUUUUUUAGUUUUGUAAAACUACUGUUAAAUUUUUCAUGACUGCUUUUAUAUGUAUAAGGAUAUAAAAGAAAUAUUACCCUUUGAACCAAUAAUUUAAAUGAUGAAAUAACAAAGGAAAACCAUUGUAAAGAUUCAAGUACUAUGGAACUCUGUCAAAUUGUCAAUGUAGUUCAUGAUAGGUUAUGGGAAUUUUUACAUGAAUGUUUUGAAUUGCACAAUAAAAGUAGCGCUAUAAUUAAAUACUAAUGUCAUAUGCAAUACAGUUUGAUGGCACUUAUAUGUAAAAUAUAUAUAUACAUGCAUAUACUGUUAUUUAGUUUAUUAUCAUUAUAUAUCUCAUGUGUAACAUGAUUGUAUGCAAACAUGAAGGGUGAAUUGGUAAAUAAAGUGAAUAAUUAAAAACUUAAAA